AUUCUUGCUUCUGAGUUUCCUUCACUCAAGAAUUAUAGAAGCUGCGAUAUAUCACCUUCUAGUUGGUUUUCUGUGGCCUGGUAUCCAAUAUAUAAAAUACCAGUGGUAUCAUCAAUGAAGAGGGUGGAUGCAUCUUUCCUGACCUACCAUUCCCUGUCAGCUGACUCAAAAAGGAAAAACCAACCGGAGUUUUGUAGCAGGAAGGUCCGUGAUGACGAUGGAUCCUUAAAUAUAUCUCUUCCCACUUUUGGCCUUGCCGCUUAUAAGUUGAGAGGCUCAAUGCUAGCUCCUCGUAGAGACUCUGAAUGGCACAAAGUGGAGUCUCUAUUGGAAGCUGCUACUGACUGGCUACAGAAUUUGCAGGUGAACCACCCAGAUUACCUGUACUUUGUUAGCCGCAGUACCCUGUACAGAUAAUGACGAAAAAUUCAAAAUAUUCUUCCACAUACUCAGAGUCAGAGAAGCUCCUGCAUAGAGAGUGUAGCAUCGAGAUGAAACUGAAUUGAUAUGCCAAAACAUUCUUACUAACUACAUUCAGUCUUAGCUUAGCUGUGUUAUUUUCGGUCUGUCCACAAGAGUUGCGAUGACAACCUCUUGAGUUUAGUAAUGAUUUACAGACACGUUGUUUAUGAUUGGACUAUAUUAAAGUCCCGAGAAAUGCUAUAUGCAGUAGGAAUUUGUAUGCCAUAAGAGUAAGACAUGAAAGAAGUGCAGUAUAUUUGUGUUUUUCCUUGUU